AUGAAACAACCCACGGGGACACUGCUUUCGCUCCUACUCGGAGCUAAUAUCAUCGCCGCACAGCGGAUAGAGUGUCCGAGCAACAUCAAUGGUCUCAUCAACAUCGAUGGCUUUGCAGCGAACAUGCUCGACAGUAACAUCGCUAGAGGGCAAGGAAUCGGCACGACCGCUGCGGUCACAAAGUUCAUCGAGCUGGGCAUCUUCCAGCAGUCACUCCGUGCAAGCAUUGCCUACACUAACGAUACAGCCCAGAGGGGCAAGUGGGAAGCGUACCUUCAGGAAAGCCUUAUGAGUGUGGUCGACGACCUCUCGGACGUCUCCAAUAACACAGGACUCCCGCUAGAUCGACUCUCCAUUGGGGCAAACAUGAUUCACCAAUAUCACGCUACAGGGAACGAGGCCUUCCUCCCGACCAUCGGUGCACUUUCAGAAUCCGUAACCGAGCAGCCAAGAAAUGACAAUGGAGGACUGUGGUAUUACGCCAACCCCAGUAACCUUACGGCAUAUCUCAACCUCUCAUACACUGAUGGCAUGUACUCUUACCCGACUUUUGCGAUUCUAUCAGCCGAUCCAGCUUUCGAUCACGCCGGCGAGGACUCUGGGCCUACAGCUGCUCUAAAGCAACUUGAGAUCUUGCGAAACAUCACCMGAAGACAGGACGGUACGCUCGUGCAUGGCUAUGAUGCCAGCAAAGACCACAAAUGGGCAAAUCCUAAAACUGGCGCCAGCCCUGCAGUCUGGGCGAGAGCUCUGUCGUGGUACACGGUUGGAUUAUUGGAAAGUCUGGAACUAUUGCAGAACGCAUCGGAUGCUACGACAACCACUAUGAAGGCCAUGCUCGACGACCUCGUGCGGGCGCACUUGAGAGCCAGUGACCGUAGUCUUAGCAUUGAAGGAAGCUACGGCGUCUGGMAGAUUGUAGAUCAACCAGGGGCCACUUUUGCCGGGAAGAGGAACUUCGUCGAAGCUAGUGCUAGCUGUAUGAUUUCGUACUCGCUCCUCAAGGCCGUCAGAUUGGGUCUCAUCGAUGAUGAGGAGCUUGAGAGCCGGGCGAAAGUGACUGGACUCGGGAUUUACAAGAAUGUUCUAGACAAGUUCUGGAUAGAUAACGGGAACGGUACCACAAGCUUGAAUGGAACGAGUGCGGUGGCAAGUCUCUCAGGGGAUGUGGAUUAUACGUACUACGUUACCAGGCCGACUGUGCUGAAUAGUCUGAUCGGCACCAGUGCCUUUACGCUUGCCAGCCUGGAAGUGGAGAGAUUCUGUUAG